AUGAAACAAAUACCCUUCCCCUACGCUCUGAACAUCGGCACCGACAUCGUCCACCUGCCCCGCAUAACCCGCCUUCUAACCUCACGCCCGAACUACCUCUCGCGCUUCACGCAGCGCAUACUCAGCGAAGCCGAACAACGCGACUUCCACAGACGCUUCAAGGGCAUCACCCAAAUCUCCCCAUCCCAGAAUACAUCUGAAACUGCACCCAACUUUACCAUUGCCUCCAUAUCUGCCUCUGCGCGCUCUCCGCCCAUAACCCCCGAAAUAACGCGCUGGCUCGCUGGCCGCUUCGCCGCCAAAGAAGCCGCGCGCAAAGCGUCGCCAGCGGGCGCGGCCUCGAUUGGGUGGAAGGAUGUUAUUGUGAGGGUUGAGGAGGAUGAGAGAAAGUCGACUGCUUCAACGGGUGGUGUUGUUGGUGGGCACACUGCGGCGGAUGGAACGAGUCGGAGGCCGGAGAUCGUUUAUGUUGGUGGUGGCGAGGAGAGGGUUGCGAGGUUAUCUAUUUCGCAUGAUGGGGAUUAUGUGGUUGCUACUGUUCUUGCUGCGGGGUGA